GGUUCCUGCCCGGGCGGGGGUUCGAGCUGAGGGAAACAGAAAGCGCCUCAUGGCGUCGUCGCCGCCGCCGCUGUCGCGCUUGGGCCCGUGAGGGACCAGGAGGACGCUUGAGUGUGGGGGGCGAGGGGGGCUUCUUUCUCUCCGGCCAGGCUGGGCUUAAGGCGGCAUGAAGCGGUUCGGCGGAGGACGGAAGAGAUCCCGGCUGGGAGCCGAAGAGGCCGCCGCCGCCACCACCACCUACACGCUGGCGAGCCCUGGCGCUGGAAUGGUCAAUUUUUGUCCACAGUGCGGACAGAAGGUAGAGGCAGCGUUUAACUUCUGCCCCUCCUGUGGGGGCAGACUGCCUUUAUUAGAAGAGGAGCCUAUGCAGAUCACUCCGACUCCUUCGCUGAAAGCAUUAAACCAGGAAAGCCAGGAUCCGCUGCAAAGAUCUCCUGCAAAGAAAAAGGUGGAAAUAAUUUCGCCAAGCAAAGAAAAAGCGGUUGUUUCAUUUAAACAAGACCCUGCACAGAAUUCAGCAGCUACCAUAUCCUCAAAGGCAAAAGCAAAGCCUAGUCCCCGAUCUCCCAAGAAGGACAGGAUUGCCUCUGUGAGACCUCUCCCAGAGGGUGAGAUCCUGACAGACCUGAACAACCAGCAGUGGAUUCUUAGAAAACUUCUGAGCCAGAGUGACCAUGGGCUGAUAUAUGAAGCAAAGUCAGCAUCUGGAACCUGCCCUCAAAAGCAGAGAUGCUCCCUCAAACUUGAUGCCAAAGAUGGAAGGGUCUUCAAUGAGCAGAACUUCUUGCAGCGCGCUGCAAAGAAAGCCACAGUGGAGAAAUGGAAGAAACUGCAUUCAGUACCAUUGCUGGGAAUCCCUGAUUGCAUUGGUUUUGGUCUCCAUGAUGGUAGCUACAGGUUCCUGGUCUUCUCUGAUUUGGGUCGCUCCCUUCAAUCAAUCCUGGAUGACUGUGCAAACAAGAUGACGGAGAAAGCUGCCUUGCAGUUUGCAAUCAGAAUGCUGGAUGUGCUGGAGUACCUCCAUGAGAAUGAGUAUGCGCAUGGGGACAUCACUGCCGAAAACAUAUAUGUGGAUCCGGCUGAUCUUACUGCGGUCACCCUGGCAAAUUACUGCUUUGCCUUCCGAUACAGCCCUGGGGGAAAACAUGUGUCUCAACGUGAGGGCAGCAGGACUCCUCAUGAGGGCACCUUAGAGUUCAUCAGCCUGGAUAGCCACAAAGGAGCCGCCCCAUCCCGUCGAAGUGAUCUCGAAUCCUUGGGUUACUGUCUAGUGAAGUGGCUGUGUGGUUUCCUUCCCUGGUCUGAUGAGGUGACAAAUCCCUCUGCGGUCAUGCAGAGCAAGGAGAGGUACAAAGCAGAUGUCAUCAAGCAUCCAAGGUUGUCUUUUGGCUGGAGAACAAUUCCAGAAGCCCUGCAGAGCUACCUGCUACAAGUGAUGCCCCUGGAAUAUGAAGAGAGACCAGACUAUGAAGAGCUACGAACAGUCCUGAGGAAGCCUCUCGAGAUUAUGAAAUCGUCUGCCUAUGACUCAGUAGACCUCAAGGUGGCACCCUAGGGCAGAAGCCGAGAAAAGUUGCUGCACAGUCAAGCCCACUGGGAUGUCCUCACACUGGAGCAGAUGGGAGCACGCUUUCCAUUUCGGUUUUUUUAUGCCUGACGUUCAGACUGGAGAGGAAAUGACUUGCAACUGUUUGUUAGGACAUUAUUGUGUGACUUUUUUAUAGACUCGAACUCUAUCCAGCUACGUAACUCGAUGAAUAGUAGCUAAUGUGAAGCCUGAAUCCCUGUUUGGAAGGUUCCUAUUUGAGCACCAUUUUAAAAUCUUUUAGCAGCCCCAGAUGUUAUCAUAGAUACGAAGCACUAAACCUGAUGAGGUGGGGAAAAACCCAAGUUGUUUUUAAGUUGUUUACCAUUUCAAUAUUGAUCACCACUUCGUAGUUUUGCCUUAUUUAUUUUUAAUAAAGCAUCGUAACAGUGAA